AUGGGAGAGUCCCUUCUCGGAGUUGAGCUUGACUUCUCUGGCUUGGAUAUUAAAUUCAGAACGAAUGUAAAGAAGACAGUAUUCUGUAAAAUGAAGCUUACAAAUGAGGCUUACCAGACGUUCGUGUACGCCAUCAAGAACAGCUAUUUCUACCAAAUGUACCUGGAUGACAUGCCUAUUUGGGGAAUGGUUGGUGAAGUUGACGAUUCGGAGUCUCCGCCGGCCUAUAAACUGUAUACGCACAAGCAGCUUGAUAUUGGAUACAAUGACAAACAGGCGAGUCGCUGA